CGACUCCAAUUUACUUAACAUUAGUCCGUGUCUUCUGGCGGUAACGCGAAACAAGUGUAUGAGCAGCUCAUUUGGCAAGAAGUAGGUUCGUUCUGAACUCUGUCGCCUCCGUGAAGUUAUUUUUUCCCCGUUUCUAAUAUUUUGCAUAAGAAGACUUGGAGCAGAAAACAAAAAGUGUCAUUCUCCAGCCGAUAUUUAACUGGGUGCAAGGAGAUAAUUAAGUCGGGCGCUUCAUAUAUAUACACUUAUUUACUUACUGUUCCUGCGCUGUAUUUGCCGAGUAUACCUUUUUAACAAUGAAAACUACAGCACGAUUAUCUCAAAUAUCUGUCAGAUUUGACAGUCUCCUUCAUAUUAUAUUCCUUUUCGUUGUCUUAAGAUACGAAACCUCUGCAACGGAUCUAAAUUCAAGAGCAGCAGCACGUGAGGAUGUUGUGGCUGAAGCGCCUUUCGAUGACCACCACCCUGACAUGUCAACCCUUGCUAAUGCAGCUCGAGAUAUGGUGGCUGUUCAUAUGUACAAACUUUAUGAUAAAUACAAUAAAGAAGUGAAUCAAGCACGGAACGGGAAUACUGUACGCAGCUUCAAAGCAAAUCCGGAAAUUGUGGACCUGAAGCCAUUAUAUCUUUUCAACUUGACAUCUAUUCAAGACUCAGAAGUGAUUCUUGCAGCCACUGUGCAUUUUUUGUUUGACAAGCGCUCAAGACACAGGCCCCUGUUCUGCAAACAUUAUAAGAAUUCAUCCUGUCGCCUUCAACAUCUGCAUCACUUUCCUUCAAUGCACAUCAUUUUCCGGAGUGUGGCAUCAAAUGAUUUUUUUGGAUCUCUGCUAGGUAACAUCACUGUUUUCCCUAACAAGAGAGGUUUGUGGCACUUUAAGGAUGUUUCACAAAUAAUCAAGGAAGCUAAAAAAAGAAACUAUCCUUUGAUCUCUGUUGAGAUUGAAUUUGGAGACAAAUAUCCCAGUUAUCAAGAUCAAGUGGCAGCAUCAAACCUGCCUUAUAUUUUGGUUUAUGCAAAUGAUAUGGCCAUUUCUGAGCCAAACAGUGUUGCAGUCACUUUACAGCGUUACGACCCAUUUUCAAUAAAUGAGGAAUCUACACAAAGUCCCAAUGCAUCUCCUGACUUCCGCAUAAAACGGGACACCUAUUUUUCAGAAUCUAUAAAUAAUAAUGAGCUUCCAGAAGUAGAAUAUAGUGCAUUUAAAAAGCAUGAUUUGUGGGAAAGUGCUUACAAGUCACUGAAGCCUAAAACAUCUAAAAAGGAUAGGAGGAAGAAGACUCAGGAAAGCAAUGCUGGAUUAAGCAAGUCGCAAGUUCUGCAUUUUGAUGAGAAGACAAUGAAGAAAGCGAGAAGACGUCAAUGGAAUGAGCCCAGAAUUUGCUCCAGAAGGUAUCUGAAAGUAGAUUUUGCAGAUAUUGGAUGGAGUGAAUGGAUCCUAUCUCCAAAAUCAUUUGAUGCUUACUACUGUGCAGGCGCUUGUGAAUUUCCAAUGCCCAAGGUUGUUCGUCCCUCCAAUCAUGCUACUAUUCAGAGUAUUGUGAAGGCAGUUGGGAUAAUUCCUGGUAUUCCUGAGCCAUGCUGUGUACCUGACAGAAUGAACUCACUUAGUGUCCUUUUCUUGGAUGAAUACAAGAACGUGGUAUUAAAGGUUUAUCCCAACAUGUCAGUGGAAACUUGCUCAUGUAGGUAAUUUUACUUGGAAAAUUUUAUUAAUUGGAAUGCCAACAGUGGUUCACACAAUUUGCUUUCAUUAAGAAAGGAAACGGAAACAUUAAUCUAUAACAUAUAGUACAUGGAAAUCUUUUUCCAGCCUAUACUUUAUAUAUUACACAUUAAAGCUGCUGUUCUUCUGUUUAUUGUUAUAUUUAUAUUCAAAAUAUCUUUAUCUCUGUCUGUUCUUUUUGAGUGUCUGUAUGUGUGUAUCUGAAGGUGUAUGUGAGCAUAUGUGUAGAUAUGUAUACUUGGAAUGUUUUGGUGACAUUUGCAAAGGUUUAUUAUUUUAAAGCUAAUAAAAUUCACUUUCUUCUGCAAGUGCUGCUGUAGAUUUAAAGAGAAUACAAGCUGAUACAAAAUUACUAAGAUGUUUUUCAUCUUUGAUAUUUUCAUGUUUACAUGUUCAUUGAUGUUUUGCUCAUUUUAAGUCAAAAGUAUUUUUCUACCUAUGUGUAAAGUUUUAUUCUUUUUAAUGUUUUAUAGAUUAAUCUGGUUGCCUGAGAAAACAAUUGUACUGGAAAUAAAGUCCACAUUUGUUUUCACUUUGUACUAAGUCACCACCAGUUGUACUAUAAUAAUGUUUAAGCCAAAUGUAGCUGUAAAUUAUCUAAUAUAAUCAUGUAAUUAUGCAUUUAAGAUUGUAAAUAAGUAAAACACUAAUUUACUUAGAAAUUAUUAACUGUACCAGUUAAGCAUCAAAAUAAAUAUGUUCUGGCAUACCCAUAAUAAGAAUGCAA